UCGAAUUUAAACAAAGGUACCGCGCGCUUUAACGUAUAAUUCCGUUUGCUCCUUAAUUAUCGUUGCUACCGUCUCGAAUUGAAUCUCAAAGUUGCGCGUCUGGAAAGAAAAAAUUGAAAUGUUUACUUUAAAUCCCUUACAAGUGGAAAAUCUUAAUUAAACCGUUGAAAGGCAGUCGAAAGUAGCCAAGAUGCUGCAGUAUAAGAAUGCCACGGCUGCUAAUAGUGCGCCAUCAGCCACACCCACUGCCAACCUUUCCGGGAAGGCGCCACAAGGGAAUGCGAACACGAACGCUGCUGCUGCUGCCUCUGCUGCAGCUGUUGCAGCAGCUUCUGCAGCCGCAGCCCCCACCAUGCAACAGAUCAUCAAUAUCCACCAGAUGCCACCACAGUUCGGUGGUGGAGGCGGCAACGUUACCGGCGGACAGCCCCAAGCCAUGUCCCAGAACAUGUUCCAGAUUGUCCAGCCGAUGCAUGCGAUGCAGACGGUGAAUAUCGAUGGCCAGGAGGCAAUCUUCAUUCCCAACCUGAAUGCACAGCUGGCGACGGCCCAGGCCGUGAACAUCAAUGGACAGCAGGCAUUCAUCACGCCCAACGGGCAGAUCCUGCGGGCUCCACAGGCCCACGCCGGUCAGGCCGGUGGUCAGGCCAUCCAGCUGCAGCAGGCAACACCCGCCCAGAUCAUCAAUGGCCUGGGGCAAGAGCAGACGCAGCUGUUUACCAUUCCUGGGACGAGCAUUCAGAUACCGGUGACCAACCUCAUCCAGCAGCAGCAUCAGGCGACAGUGCAGCAGCAGCAACAGUCCCAGCAGGCAACGACGACUGGUGGUCAGACUGGAUCCCAAGGUGGAGCAGGCGGCAGCGGCACGGGGAACGCGGGGGGACUCCAGGCAACACAGCUGCCGAGCACCAUCACCAUCCCAGGGACGAAUAUCCAGAUACCCACAUCGGUGGCCGCGGCCAAUGGUCUGCUCGGGAACCUCUCAAGUCUGUUGAGCGGCGGCGGUGGAGGCGGCUCCACGCUGAAGCUGGAUAAUGGCCAGAUCCAGCUGCGACCACAGUUGGUGCAAUUCCCACAGCCCGUGCAACAGCAGACGGUUGCCGUGCAGAUUCCAGUACAAACAGCAGGUGGACAGACCAUCUACCAGACGGUCCAUGUCCCAGUGCAGGCCGCACCAAGUGGUCUGUCGAAUCUGAUGCAGGCCCAGUCGAUGGCGAUGCCCUCAGCUGCUACCUCACAGAUGCAGAUGAUACCACAGUUUGCGCAGAUUGCACAGAUUGUGACGCCCAACGGGCAGAUACAGCAGGUACAGCUGGCGCCAAUGCCUUACAGCCAGUUGCCGCCGAACGCGAACAUCAUACAUAUCCAGAAUCCCCACCAGCAACAGCAGCAGCAGCAGCAACAGCAGGCGCAGCAGCAGCAAGUGCAGGUACAGCAGCAAUUUCAACAACAUCAGCAGGUACAGCAGCACCAACAGCUCAUCCAAGCGAUCCAGGAUGCCUCGGCGAGUGGCCAGAUACCAGCGAAUCAACCCAUAACCAUAACCAAUGCCCAGGGCCAACAGCUGACGGUGAUACCAGCCCAACUGAGGCAGAAUCCACAACCCACAGCCACGCCGGCGCCACAGGCCCCCACUGCCAUGCAGCUACCCGCCGGGUUGCAGGCCCUGCCCAUACAGAAUAUCCCAGGAUUGGGGCAGGUGCAGAUCAUCCAGGCGAAUCAGUUGCCCGCCAAUCUGCCGGCCAAUUUCCAGCAGGUGUUGCAUCAACUGCCACAAAUGCAACAGGUUCAUGCCCAGGCGCCAGCACAGGCCCAGGGACAAGCUCAGACGACCAAUGCAACAUCUAUAACGGUGAUGCCCAAACAGGAGCCACAGAGUCCCACGCAGAUGAUCACCAGCAUCAAGCAGGAGCCGCCAGAUAACUUUGUCACUGCUGCUCCUCCGGGUCCUCCGGCUCGUCCGCCAUCCACUCCCACAUCGAUUGCAACAUCUCAGCCACAUCCACAGCCGCAAUCACAGCAAAUAAAAUUCAUUGUGCCGCAGGCGCCACCAACCACGCAGGCGGAUGGGGGGAAUCCCAAUCCGAAUCCGAAUCCGCUCUCCAAUGUGACAAUACCAGCGUCCAUACAAAUCACAGCCUUGCCACAGCCACAGCCGCAGGCAGCCACCGCCACGACCUUGCCUCCGCCUCGAACGCCGCCAGUUUCGGUGGCCACCAUUGCCAGGAGUGUCAAUCUCCCCACGAAAGCCACCACCAUCGCGAACACUGGCGGGCAUCAUGUGAUGCGAACUACAGCAGCGAGCGGCCUCAGGAGCAACACCACCAUUACUGUAAGCACCACCACCGCCACGACGCCGGCAGGCCAGACGAGCGUGAGCUUGGAUACCAGUGGAGCGGGGGCGGAGGUAAAGCCCAGACUCAAGCGUGUGGCCUGCACCUGCCCCAAUUGCACCGAUGGCGAGAAGCAUUCGGAUAAGAAGCGCCAGCACAUCUGCCACAUACCCGGCUGCCAGAAGGUGUACGGCAAGACCUCCCAUUUACGGGCCCACCUCCGUUGGCAUACGGGCGAACGGCCCUUUGUCUGUUCGUGGGUCUUUUGCGGCAAGCGUUUCACCCGCUCCGAUGAACUGCAACGCCACCGUCGCACCCACACGGGCGAGAAGCGCUUCCAGUGCCGCGAAUGCAACAAGAAGUUCAUGCGGAGCGAUCAUCUGUCCAAGCACAUCAAGACGCACUUCAAGAGUCGCUCCGGCGUGGAGCUGAUGGAGCUCAGCAUCAAGCAAGAGCAGAAGAACAGCGCGAAGAGCAUCAGCACGAUGAGUGGGAUUGUGACGAUCGAGUUACCCGGGAGCGGUGGCCAGGUCGUGGGCAGUGGUGCCUCCAGUGUGGCGGCAACGGUUGCGGGCUCAACUGUUACAUCAGCCCCGGGCGGGGCGACCAUUGUCCAGCUGUCAGCUGGAACGGUAGGGGGCAUGGAUAGUUUCGGCGAGGACGAAGAGGAUGACGAGGAGAUGACCGAAGAGGAUGACGACGAAGACGAUGAGGAGGAGCUGGAGGAAGAUGAUGAAGAUGAGGAGGAAAUGGAUGAAGAGGAGCAGGACCAGGAGCAAGACCAGGACCAGGACAGUGGCGAUGAGGAGAAGGUGAUGACCAUUUCGAUGAGCGAAAUGGGGGAGAAUUCAUCCAACUAACAUUCGGAGUCGCUGUUCAUGGAACAGUUCAUGUUUGAUCAUUUCCCGUAGCACAGGCAGCCUUCGCAGAUCCUCCUCCUUCGGACCCAUUUGUAAAUUGUAUAUAGCGCGAAUAAUUAUUUUAAAUAUCCUAAGCAUUU